GCCUGGGGAAUAAAGGGAGGGUCGCUCGCAGCCGGGCCGCCUAUGCCCGUGCGGCGGCGUCCCCGCAGCCCAGUCUUACGGGAGCACGCGCCGCGGGAGCCCGGGCAGGGCGGCCGGAGCCUUAAGGUUUAGAAAAGCCCCUUGACCAAAGACUGCCCCAGACAGAAAAUCACUCAAACAGGCUCGGGAAAACAGGCAGUGAGAAGACGGACUCUGUGUUGAGGACCAGCCUACUAACUGUUUGACUUGCUCGGGGAAGGAAGCCAUCUAUCUCCAGAAAUGUCUUUGGAAAAUAAAGAGCAGCAUGACCUCUCUCCGAGGGACUUACCUGAAGAAGCCUACAGUCUUCCAUCUGAGGCCCCCCUGGAGGUGCAAAGGAGAUCAAGCACUGACUUCAAGCAGUUGGAGACCGAUGAUGGAUGCAGACCUUAUCGUAGGAUUCACAUGGAACCUCAGGAGAAACCAGAUAUUAACAUCAAAAAAGUUGUCAUCAGAAAGAUGCAGAAGAGUUGCCAGUGUAGCCCAGGCAAAGUCAGAAAUAUCAUUUUUGAUUUCUUUCCUGUUUUGCGGUGGCUCCCAAAAUAUGAUCUCAAGAAAAACAUUCUAGGAGAUGUGAUGUCUGGCCUGAUUGUGGGCAUACUUUUGGUGCCCCAGUCUAUUGCUUACUCCCUGUUGGCUGGCCAAGAGCCUAUCUAUGGUCUGUAUACAUCAUUUUUUGCCAGCAUCAUUUAUUGCCUGUUUGGUACCUCACGCCACAUCUCUGUGGGCAUUUUUGGAAUACUGUGCCUUAUGAUUGGUGAGGUAGUUGACAGAGAAGUACAUAAAGCCUGCCCUGACAUUGCAGUGGUUUCAAAUGGAUCCGAGUUAGUAAACCAUACAUUAGACAGACUUUGUAACAAAAGUUCUUAUGCAAUUAAAAUUGGCAGCACUGUGACCUUCAUGGCUGGAGUUUAUCAGGUAGCGAUGGGCUUCUUUCAAGUGGGCUUUGUCUCUGUGUACCUCUCAGAUGCCUUGCUGAGUGGAUUUGUCACGGGUGCCUCGUUCACCAUUCUUACAUCUCAGGCCAAGUACCUCCUUGGGCUGAGCCUUCCUCGGAGCAAUGGUAUAGGCUCAGUCAUCACUACCUGGAUCCACAUCUUCAGAAACAUUCAUAAGACCAAUGUCUGUGAUCUUGUCACCAGCCUUUUGUGUCUUCUGGUCCUUUUGCCAACCAAAGAACUCAAUGAACACUUCAAGGACAAGCUCAAGGCACCGAUUCCAACCGAGCUCAUUGUCGUUGUGGCAGCCACAUUAGCUUCUCAUUUUGGAAAACUAAAUGAGACAUACAAUUCCAGUAUUGCUGGACAUAUUCCCACUGGGUUUAUGCCACCCAAAGCACCAGACUGGAACCUAAUUCCUAAUGUUGCUAUAGAUGCAAUAGCUAUUUCUAUCAUUGGUUUUGCUAUCACUGUAUCACUUUCUGAGAUGUUUGCCAAGAAACAUGGCUACACGGUCAAAGCAAAUCAAGAAAUGUAUGCCAUUGGCUUUUGCAAUAUCAUACCUUCCUUCUUCCACUGCAUAACUACUAGUGCAGCUCUUGCAAAGACAUUGGUUAAAGAAUCAACAGGCUGCCAGUCCCAGCUGUCAGCUAUAGUGACAGCCCUUGUUCUUUUGUUAGUCCUUCUGGUAAUAGCUCCUUUAUUCUAUUCUCUUCAAAAAUGUGUCCUUGGUGUGAUCACUAUUGUAAAUCUCCGGGGUGCCCUCCUUAAAUUUAGAGACCUGCCAAAGAUGUGGAGGGUUAGCAGAAUGGAUACGGUUAUCUGGUUUAUUACUAUGCUGUCCUCUGCUCUAUUGAGCACUGAAAUAGGCCUGCUUGUUGGAGUUUGUUUUUCUAUGUUCUGUGUAAUCCUCCGUACUCAGAAGCCAAACGUUUCACUGCUUGGUUUGGAAGAAGAGUCAGAAACCUUUGAAUCCAUUUCGGCCUACAAAAACCUUCAAACCGUGUCAGGCAUCAAGGUUUUCCGCUUCAUAGCCCCUCUCUACUACAUAAACAAAGAGUGCUUUAAAUCUUCUUUGUACAAAAAAACCCUGAACCCAGUCUUGGUAAAGGUGGCUUGGAAGAAAGCAUUGAAGAGGAAGCUCAAGGAGGAAACCGUGAUUUUCGGUGGCAUCCAAGAUGAAGUUUCAGUGCAGCUUUCCCAUGAUCCCUUGGAGCUGCAUACUAUUGUGAUUGAUUGCAGUGCAAUACAGUUUUUAGAUACAGCAGGGAUCCACACACUAAAAGAAGUUCGCAGGGAUUAUGAAGCCAUUGGCAUCAACGUUUUACUGGCUCAAUGCAAUCCUUCUGUGAGGGAUUCCUUGACCAGAGGAGAUUACUACAAAAAGGAAGAAGACAACCUUCUCUUCUACAGUUUGUCUGAAGCAGUGGCUUUUGCAGUGAACUCUCAGAAGCAGAAAGGAGUGUGUGUUCUCAAUGGCCUGAGUCUUUCUGGUGACUGAGAAAGUAAGUGAAAGGAAGAGUGUCUUGCCAGUUUCAACGUGCAGCAUUUUCUACUGUGAAGAGAGAAAGUGGUGUACACUUGAAUAGUUCUCCUUUGAAGCUAAUAGCCUUUUGAUAGUCUCAAGUGCAGUAAAGCUUAUAGUUGGGUAGAAUCAAAAAAAAGAGCAUGCUGUGGCUUCAGACUUUCAUGCAGAUGAGCAUUCUUGGGGGUACAGUAUAAAUGGAAUGGAACUGUAAAGUAGCCCCCAAACUUAAUCACCUUACUUUAGGGACUGUACAUCUGAACUCCACCCUUCAGGAAGACAGAGAUGAAAUAGGGGUUUGCUUUGCACACACUGGAGCCUUUGCAUGGCUCUGUGCAGAGGGGAAGGAAGGCAGCAUUGCCGGUUCAGAGGCUGAUGAAGCAUGAGGGCCUAACUAGAUGAGUUCUGUUCUGUUCUCACUGCUGUUUCUCUGUUUGUGUUUGGCUCCCAAACAGAGUAAGAUCUGUGACUGGUAGCUGGAAAUACCAUUUUCCUCUCCUUCAUGCAGGAACUGUGGCAUAGUCUCCUAAGAGGAUCUGGUCCUGACAGCCAGCCUGACAUUGUACAGAACUCUAUGGUAAACAUCUGAUGUUUUAGCCAUGCCUUUUUUAUUUAGAAAACGUAGGUAAGGAAAGAAACAGUGGGAGUCUUUGUUCUUCCUCUCCAUUUGCUUCUGAGAAUUUGCCUACUGUCAGGCUCUGUCUCCCCUAUGACUUAGCCUAAUGUUUUCUCCUGGAAUCUGUUUUGUUGGUAUUUCUGAAGCAGUGACAGUCUUGUCAUGCAAAGCAGAAUAUUGGCUCAGCAGCUCUUGCAGGACUUGUGCAUAUUCAAGGAUUGCAAAAAAAAAUGAAUGAAUGAAUGAAUGACAGUUCCCAUUAAGAAAUUCCACCAGCAGCAACAACCAAUCACUGUGGCAUUUUAGCAAGGAUCUGCUGGGCUUUGGUAGUCUUUUUUAAUCGAAGUAGCUGUUUGUAGAAGACUAUAGAGGUGAUAGAGUGCUUCCAAAAGAACGUCCACAAUUACUUAGCAGCAUCAUGAAGACAGUGCUGAUGCUUACUGCCACGCACACAAAAGAACGUCCACAAUUACUUAGCAGCAUCAUGAAGACAGUGCUGAUGCUUACUGCCACGCACACCUGUUGGUAUGGGAUAAGUAUUGAUGUUGGUGACCAGUUUUAACUUGUGUGCAGGAGGACUUGGAACCUCUCAGAACCCUAGUUUAGCUCGUGUGUCAUUCUCCAUCGCUGCCACAGAUUAUGAGUUGAGCAGUUUCUUCAGAAAAGCACUUUGACGGGUGAGAAACAUUCACCCAAGUGAAGCACAGAGGACUAACUACAUGAGAUUAAAACACUUACCCAAGUCAUCCAAGUACCCAUUGCCAAAGUACAGAAUCAAUUUUAGCCUGUUCUUAUAUGCAAAACAAUUUAAAAUAUUUAUGGGAUGCAACCUCUGUGUAAUGAACCUACUGAAGUAGAUAGAAUGUUUUUAAAUCUCUCUCUCUGUCUCUCUGUCUCUGUCUCUCUCUGUCUCUCUGUCUCUCUCUGUCUCUGUCUCUCUUCUCUGUCUCUGUCUCUCUCUCUGUCUCUCUCUCUGUCUGUCUCUGUCUCUGUCUCUCUCUCUCUCUCCAAAAAGAUGUUUUCCUAUUGGCAUUGCACUUAUGUUUCCUUAUGUGAGAAAUACUUUUCUGUGAUCCCAAUACAAGUUUCAGAGUAGAAAUUUUGGCUUUCUGUCUUAUAGGUGGUAAUGUUGAUAAAGACCACAUUGCCAUGGAGUUUGACAUCCCUCGUGAACUCUGCCCUAGAAUUUCAGAAAUGUUAACUGCUGCUUGCUUGUUCUUUUGUAUAGCUCUCUGGCUUUAUGAAUUGUAAAAUCACAGUAUCCCAGUCAUUUUUUAAAAAAUCCCUCCUGACCUUUCCUCAAACCAGGUUGGAAUUAAGACUGUUACAGACGUUUAAUUCUCAGUGAGAGACUAGUAGGUACGUUAGUGGCAGCUGGAGAGACGCUCAGUAGAAAAGUACUUGCUACUCUUGCAGAGGGCCCAAGUUCAGUUCCCAGCACCCACAUUAGGCAGUUCAUAGUCACCUGUAACUCCAGCUCCAAGGUAUCUAACCCUCUCCUGACCCCCGUGGGACACACACACACACACAUUUUUUAAAGUACAUGUUUAAGAUAACUGUAUAAUCCAUUCAACACCAGCAGCAUAGAAAAAGAAUUUUAGUUUAGUGUUUGGAACAUAUCUGCCCUUUUGCCUGACAUGUAAGUUUAUAGUGUGGCUUAAUAGGUUCUAAAGUUCUACACAUGCAUGAGCAAAUGCUCAAAUUAUGUUCUGGUUUGUGUUUGUCCCACGAAAACAAACAGGAGCCUGCUUUUAAUAGCAUUUUAAAAACAUAAUUGCACUAGAAACUGUUGUAGUCAUCUUCUUUGGGUUGAGAUCUUCCUAACAUCAAAAAUUAAAACUGAUUUGGUUGCUAAUAAUCGAAGGAAACAAAUCUAGAACCAAAGACUAAUUUACUACCACCAGCAGCAACAACAAAAAACAUUUUCAUUUCUUUUUGAUGCUUUAAACAUAUUCAUGUAAGUUGUCUUGUUCACUCAGAACAUUAGAGUAUAAUAUAUUUUCUGUUUACAGAAAUUUAAAACCCUGAAUGUUGCUAAAUGGUGAACAUUUAAAUGAAAUACGGACUGUGCCUGUGUCUCUGUGUAUUUUAUGACAAGGCCUUAUGUAGCACAGGCUGACCUCAAACUUGCUAAGUAGCUGAGGGUAAUUGUGAGCUUUUGGUCCUCCCGCCUCUAACUCCAAGUGCCGGAGUGACAGGUGCAUAGGGAUGAAGUGUGCUAGUGUGAACUCAGACCUGCCACACAAAGAAGACAGCUCUGAGAAUUAAAGGAACAGAUCUCUGAAAACUGUAUCUGAGCAGAAAGGAAGAGACCUGGCUGGACUGGGUGUGUGUCCUGGUAAACCCACAGUAAGAUCAGGAUUCAGAAGUCUAAGAGCAAAGUUGGGAAUGGGUCUCUUUCUAGAAGGUAGGGCCACAGGCUCACCAAAGCCUCAAAGAGCUAAGAAGCAUAUGUCAGGUUGUAGCCAGAGUCUGGGUGGGCCUACUCAGGAGUACCGUCAUCCCUGUGAGCCGAGUGGCUGUAGUGUUGUCUGUCUCAGAUAGGUUAAGACUGGCAGGCACCUCGUUCAUUUUAAUCAGGGUCAAUGAAACAUACUUUAUAUAAAAAUUUCCAGCACAGCAAAUGGUGAACUUGGAGACUACAUGAGAUGCUAGAUGGGUACAUUAGACUACUGCUCCUGGCAACAUUCUAGCACAAACAGCAAUCCUCUGCAGGGCUAUUCCUGGCAAUUUGACAUCGAAGAACACAUUGCCAGUUAACCCUGAUCUGCAAAGUACAAAGAGGAAUUCAGUAGGUUUGGGGACUAACUUCGAGUCUCUUCAUUUACACUAAUGGAUUCGAGCUCUGCGGCCCCGUUCAUAUCCUUACUAAAGCUUUUCUUGUAGGUACUGUCAGAUGAACUGAGGGUUAUCUGCAUGGAAAUAAAUGCUUCUUUAGAUAUCCCAAAAUAUCUGGGAAGUAGGUGUCCCAGUGGGGACUUAGAGAAUGUGGAGAGUGCCUGAGCUGAGAUUCUGCAGAGGCCCAAGCUCGAGGCAGUGCCCUGUCCCCACCCCCCAUAUACAUUCAGGAAAGAGUCUGUAGUACAGUGGAAUUCUCCAGUUGAUAAACUUUACCCAGUCUUUUGUUCUUCCCCUCUUGGAAUCUUUCCUUGCUUCUAGUGAUACUUUAAUUUGAAGUUGGGUUUUAAAGCUGUCAGACCCUUUGUGGGCAUGGCGACUUGCGAACUACUUGGAAGCUGAGACAGGAGGAUUGAGUCUUUGAGGCCAGCCUGAGAUACUCAGUGAGACCUUGCCAAAAGAAGAAAAAGCAAAACUAGCUAGCAAUUGGAGACUCAUUUGUCCUCCAUUCCCUUUUUGUAUAAAAAUAAUAAUCAUGGAUGAUAGUAAAUUUGGGUUCUGAGUUUAAACAUGAAAAUUAUAGUGAACAGGAUAAAACAGUAUACCAGCUGGUUUUUCAUAGACUAUAUCAUAAAGUAAAAUGCAACUGAAUUUGUGUUAAAAGUAAAAUUUUAAGUUUUAAAAUAAUAACUUAGAAAUGAAGGCUUUGAUGUAGAAGGGGGCAUUUUUAAUAAAGUAAUUUUUAUCAUGGAGAGAACUAUUUUUUUACUAAAAGUAUUUUGUAACUUAAAUUUUAAAGUAAACCUAUUUUUAAAUACCAUUAAAAAGUCAAAGAAACAUCUAGUAGGUUUUUUUUAGUGUAUAUUUUGUACCUUAUGACUUAGUUUCAAAUAAGAAUGUAUUGAAGGAUGCAGACUGGGCAGUGAGGGCAUCUAAGCUUUUAUUGGGGACACUGUAUUUUAAGUCUGUCAUAGCUGCUGGGUCACAGAGGGUUUUCAUUAGACACUUGAAUAGACUUAUUCUGGGGGUGAUCAUGUACUCUGCUCCUCAUCCCUAGGAGGAAACACAGAAUCAAAUAGCUGUUUCCUCUUCAGUGCAGAUCACUUGGGAAAUUGGGAUCUGAGUCCUGAUGCUGCGUGGCUGUUUCUCAGAAGGGAAUGUGAAUGUCUGCAGAGCCUGCUUUCCUCCUCCAUAGCCUCGUGUACACGUGCAGACAAUAUGGGGACAGGUGAAUGCACCUCAAUUCUCAGUCCUUACCUAAAAAGUAUGGCUGCCACCAUCCUUUACCCUUAGGAACAUAUUUUAUAGUAGGUUUUUUUAAUCAAGUAAGUGCCUUGAUGCUGUUCAUCAUAAAUCAUUGCUCAGCUGUCCUUCGGACAAAAGUGAGGUAGUUCCUGUUGUGGGGGGGGCUCACUAAUCAUUUUCUUCUGGAAGAAUGUGUUUCUAUUGCUUAUUUUGUAACGUCCUCAUGUGUUUGAGAUCUAAGAUGCCAUUUGUUUUUUUAAUAAAUUGUUACUGUAAUAAAA